AUGUGGAUCACCGUGAGUUUGCUCUGCUGCUUGGUGCUCGGGGGGCUGCCGUGGGCAGGCACCUCGUGCCCCUCGCAGUGCAGCUGUGCCUUCCACAGCCUCAACGAAGGGACGAAAGCCAGGACGGUGCUGUGUAAUGACCCAGAGAUGACCCUCACCCCCGUGAACAUCCCUGUAGAUACAUUCAAGCUUCGAAUAGAGAAGACAGCCAUCCGCAGGGUGCCAGGGGAAGCUUUCCACGCACUUCACAACCUGGAGUACCUCUGGUUACCUUAUAACUCCCUGGCCAGCCUCAGCGGGAUCACGUUCAAGGGCCUCCGUCGUUUGCUGGAGCUGAGGCUAGAUGGAAAUGACUUAAUAUCAUUUCCCUGGGAAACCUUGUCUGACAUGCCACAGUUAAGGCUUCUGGAUUUACACAACAAUGAACUUACCUCAAUCCCUCCAGAUGCUGCUCGUUACAUCAAGAAUAUCACGUACCUGGACCUUUCUAGCAACAAACUGAUGACUCUUCCUCAGGCUCUUAUUUCUACCUGGGCCAACCUGCAAGCAGUCCCUUACUUUCCCAAUGAUAACUCCAAGAUCAUCCUAGGUUUGCAAGACAAUCCUUGGGCGUGUGACUGCAGUCUGUAUGAAAUGGUCCAUUUCCUGAAUUUCCAGUCUCCCAACAUAGCAUUCAUUGAGCCCAGGCUGAAAUGCUUCACCCCUCGCAGCCUUGCAGGAGUCUUCUUCAGCCAAGUUGAGCUAAGGAAGUGUCAAAGCCCUGUUGUACAUACGUCUGUAGCCAAAGUAAAGACCAUUCUGGGCAGCACUGUGCUACUGCGAUGUGGGACAACGGGGGUGCCCAUUCCUGAGCUCAGCUGGAGAAGGGCUGACGGUGCUCCACUAAAUGGCACAGUGCACCAAGAGAUCUCUAGUGAUGGGAUGAGCUGGUCUAUCCUGGGCCUUCCUGUAGUCUCUUACCUUGACUCUGGAGAGUACAUUUGUAAAGCAAAGAAUUUCCUGGGGGCAACAGAAGCAUUCAUAUCCCUAAUCAUCAUGGACUCAGAAAGCACGGAUGACCCCAACUCCAGCGCCAAAGGCACGUGGAGUGGGAAGGCAAGCGGGAUGGAGGCAGCUGCCUACAAUGACAAGUUAGUGGCAAGGUAUGUUAUCACCACCUCCACCAUGCCUACCCUAGGGGCUGGAGCAGGAGCAGGAGAGGAUCUCCUCAUCCCAGCUGGAGCACAAGAUAGCAACCAAAACCUACUGGUGAGCCCACCUACUGGUCAGCAGGAGCCAGAGCGAAUUGUGAGAUCUGUCAGGGUGAUAGGAGAUACUGACCAGAGUGUCACCCUGGCCUGGAAGGCACCUCUGGCGAAGAACACGACAGUGUUCAGUGUCCUCUAUGCUGUCUUUGGAGAGAGAGACAUGCGUCGGAUCAAUGUGGAACCAGGGAAGACCAAGGUCAGCAUUUAUGGGCUGCUACCAAAGACCAAAUACAUAGUGUGCGUCUGUGUGAAAGGGCUGAUCCCUAGGAAGGAGCAGUGCAUCAUAUUUUCCACAGAUGAAGUUGCUAGUGCAGGAGGGACCCAGAAACUCAUCAACGUGGUUGUCAUCAGUGUGGCUUGUGUCAUUGCCGUUCCUCUGACGCUGGUUGUCUGCUGCGGAGCACUGAAGAGACGCUGCAAAAAGUGCUUUGUGAGGAAACCCAAGGAAAUUCAGGAGUCCUAUGUCACCUUCGAAAGUCUUUCUCCUGGGGCCAAGGUGAAAGGAGUGGAAGGAGAAUACUUAACUAGACAUACCCCCGAUGAGUCUAACAGGCUCCUCUCUGCCCGAUCCAGUGUGGACUCCGAAGCAAUACCAAAGAUAGAGGGGCAACCAAACGAAUACUUUUGCUGA